AAAAUAAUUCUAGUUAGAAAAAAAAACAAUAAGAUAUUAAUAUUUUAUAUCAAAUUUCAAACCGUUCCUAUUUAGUUAACGAAUACAUUUUAUUAAUUCUUAAGUAAUUAUGUUUAGCUAUGUUUAGCAGUUAAUCGUAUAAUUUUUUUUUUUUUUGUUUUAUCGCGUCCGUCACACUAAUCCAAACAAUACACUGUUAUUUUUUGUGUGCGUAUUAUAGAUAUAGAUUGUAACCGUUUUCAAACUACUUUAAGAUUUAAGGUGGCAACGUAUUCAUAACGAUUUAAGUGAACUGCACCAUGAACAGUCUUAUGUUCAACUCUCUGAUCAUAAUUGUUGAAUUAUAUUAAACGAAUUACGGAACAAAAUUUGUUUAACAUGAUCAAAGAUCAUGUGUCGUUGAAUUUCGACACAGUACCGUUGACGGGACAGCAACAAAAAUACAGUUUCAAAAGUUCAUAUCGAAGGUGUUGGAGACAGUUGUCAAAAUUACAGAAAUUAAUUUUAUACUUGUUAACCAGUAUAAUAUUAAUUUUAUUACUUCUAUGGUUCAUUGGAACUAAUAAAAAUCUAGAACAAUUAUCUGAAACUAACUCACUAAAAUUACCUCAGCCAACCAGUUGGCCCCUGGAUAAUGGACUUAGUUUACCUGAUGGUGUUGAAGCUGUAAAGUUAAAUGGAAUUGAAGAUAAUGAAUUUCCAAAUGAAAAAGAACAAAUAGCUGCACCAGCAUUUAAUGUUGCUGGAAAUACUCCCUCUGGUGAUGGUGUUCAAUUUAUGCCAGCCGCAGGUUAUAGACAAACAGCUGUUCUUAAUGCAUUUAAGCAUGCAUGGAAAGGAUAUUGCAAAUAUGCUUGGGGACAUGAUCAUAUAAAACCUAUAACUAAAAAAUACCAAGAUUGGUUUAAUCUAGGAUUGACUAUUGUUGAUUCUCUAGAUACUCUUUGGAUAAUGAAUUUGAGAAAAGAAUUCGAUGAAGCUCGUGAAUGGGUCAGUACAAGUUUUAAUCUCGAUCGUUAUAAAGAUGUCAAUCUUUUUGAAACUACUAUUAGAGUGUUGGGUGGAUUUUUGAGUGCUUACCAUCUAUCAGAGGAUUCAUUAUUUCUUGAUAAAGCUUUAGAUAUUGGUACACGGCUUCUACCAUGUUUCACUAAAUCUCCAUCACCGAUACCAUAUUCAGAUGUAAAUCUUAUCUCACAUUUGGCUCAUUCACCAAAAUGGAGUCCAGACUCGAGCACAGCUGAGGUAUCUACUAUUCAAUUAGAAUUUAGAGAUUUAUCACGAUCUACUGGUACUCAAAAUUUUGAGAAUGUUGCUUUUAAAGUGUCUGAACAUAUUCAUACAUUAGAAAAAUCUUAUGGACUUGUGCCAAUCUACAUAAAUCCAAAUACAGGAAAAUUUCAUCGAGGGUCCGAGAUUAAAAUUGGUGCCAGAGGUGAUAGUUACUAUGAAUACCUUUUGAAACAAUGGAUUCAAACUGGAAAAUCAAUUGACUUUUUGAAAGAUGACUAUAUAGAAGCAAUUGAUGGUAUAAUAACACAAUUAGUGCGAACAUCACCACGGAGAAAUUUAACUUAUAUAGGUGAACUAAAAGCUGGAUCACGUGACUUUCAUCCUAAGAUGGAUCAUUUAGUAUGCUAUUUACCUGGUACAUUAGCACUUGGUGUCCAUUAUGGUAUGCCUUCUAGUCAUAUGAGGUUAGCCGAAAAGCUGAUGGAAACAUGUUACCGCAUGUAUGCUGAUCAACCAACAUUUUUAUCUCCUGAGAUUGUAUAUUUUGGUACAAAAGUAAACGUAAAUCAAGAUAUGUAUGUUAAUACAAAUGAUGCUCACAGUUUAUUGCGUCCUGAAUUUGUUGAAAGUCUUUGGUACAUGUAUCAAAUAUCGGGUAAUACUACAUAUCAAGAUUGGGGUUGGUCAAUAUUUCAAGCAAUUGAACGACACACAAAAGUUGCUGCUGGUUUUACAACUAUUGGCAAUGUGUUAGAUCCCAAUGAUACACGUCCUCAAGACAUGACUGAAUCAUUCUUUUUUGCAGAAACACUCAAAUACCUUUAUUUGUUAAUGUCUGAUGAUAGACAUAUGUUGUCUAUUGACAAAUAUGUAGUCAAUAGUGAGGGACACCCAUUACCUAUUAGAAAUAGGUGAUCAAGAAUGGUUCUUAUUACAUAUAUUAUACUCUACUGAGUAAUUGUAUUUUAUUUUAUAAAAUUUUAUUUGUCUGUAUUGGCUGUGAAUUUUUGUUUUAUCGGUUACAUAUACUUAUAAGCUUAGCACACAAUAUUUUGCCUAUGUUUAACUACCACUAUUUAAUUGUUAAUAAAUUAAAUGUACAAUUUAAUAAAUGUAAGUUGGUUGUAAAUGGUUUAAAAUAUUU